UACAGUAUAUUAUUCGCAUAAGUGUGUGUUAUAUGUGUUUGUAAUUCUUUAAUAUAGACAAGAAGUAUUGAGGCUAAAUGUGUGGUGACCGGUAUUUUUCAUGUUUGAUGCUUAACUUAUAAUAGCAUUAAAUUUAUUGAAAAUUUUUUAUUAAAAAUGCCAUCAGCAUCUAGUGUAAAGACUGAAAAAGUAGCCUCGCAAGAGGUUGCAUCCUCAGAAUCAUCAUCAAAAACAGAUCAGCAAAACACACCCAUCAGACAAGCAAUCGUCAUCAUUGAACAUAAAAUUAGAAAUCUUGACAAACGAAAGGCUAAAUUGGAAACGUAUCGUGAGUUACAACGAGCUGGUAAAGAUUUAAAUCAAGAUCAGAAAGUAGCUGUUGCUAAAUAUGAUGAAGUAUCACAAACCUUGGAAUUCGCACGAGAUUUGUGUAAACAAUUUCAUAAUAUUGUCACAGUUUCUGAAAAAGAAGCAAAAAAGUUAGCAAGAAGAAGGAAAGAAGAGUUGGCUCGACGACAACAAGAUCUUGCUAAAAUUCGUGAAGUGUUAUUGAUACAAGAUGCGUUAUCCCAAAUGGGUGCUGAAAAUGUUCGAGAAGACUUUUUACUUGGUCGUAAUGGAGCAACACAAAUUAUGACUGAAGAUUUACAGUUACUCGAUGAUCUCUAUCCACUUGUUUCACCAAAACAUCCAUGCGAAAGUGAAGAAGGUCGACCUGAAUUUGCCGUACAAGUCCAACAAGCAGCUGAUCAUUUAUUAGCAGUAGUUGAUGCACGACAAAAAGAAUUUAAUGGUUCAAAUUAUGCUCAUGUUAAACAAAUUAUUGAUACCAUACAUAGUUGUGGUUAUUUGGAAAAACCUCUUGUCGAAGAGGAGCCAGCUGUUGUAGAAGGAACUACGCCGGCAGUUGAAGAAUGGAAUCCUGCGGAAGCUACAAACACUGAAGUUGAACAAGACUUUAGAAAUGUAUUGGAACAUGCCGAAAAUGUUCCAAUUAUUCCUGAUGAUCGAAUACCCGAUCAAAUGCCCCCUAUGCCGAAUUUCCCACCAGUUCCUGAACAGAUCGUUCAACAACAAGCUGUGCAAGUUAUCGAUCAUCCACCACCGACUGUGGGUAAUGCAGCCGUUGCUGGAUAUUAUCAAGCACCAGUUGUUCCUGCGCCACAACCACAAUUAAGGCCUAUAAACGAAAUGUUAGAAACUGGAAACUUUUUCUUCUUACAAGAAUCAGAACUUGAUACCCCACCUGAAUUAUUGCCGUCACAAACACAUCAAACAAUUCCCUCGCAAACAUUUACGAAUCAAAACUUUACGAAUGUAGUACCUCCAGUACAACCAGUUAAUGCUGUACAAGUUCCUCCACCAUUUGUAACAGCUGGGGCACCGAACUUACCUCCACCAAUUCCAAUGCCACCAUCUCAUGGAAGUAGCGCUGUACCAAACAUAACACCUACUCCAAAUCCACCGACCAAUACAUUUAACUCACAAGAUUUUGAACAAUAUACAACAUCGUCGACAAAAGUAACUACUCAAUUGGAUGUUGAAUCAAACUCCGUUGUCCAUGACCAUAACAACGGCGGUGAUUGGGCGGACCAAUCAGUAAUGUUGGAAGAACGUCAUACAACACAUCAGCAUCAUCAACCGUCGGCAUCAUCACGCCCACCCAGAGGAAAUGUAGGUGGCUCUCAAGGUGGUAAUCGAAAUCGUUCAGCUGGUGGAGGUGGUGGUGGUUAUUAUCAAAAUAAUUAUUACCAAAACAAUGGAUAUGGAGGUAAUAGCGGUGGUGGCUAUAAAUCAGGGGGCGGUCGUCAAGGUGGUGGAAAUCAGCGACAAGGAGGUGGGGGUGGACAAAGAUCUAGUGGCCCAGGAGGUAACAAAGGAGGGGAUCGAGGAAGUGGACAAUAUAGUCGUAACAAACCGUCUUCACAACAUUAACUAAUUCUUAAUCCCAUACCUCUCCCCUUUCAAAAAUUUCUUAAGACAUUUUUUUUCUCACAACACUUCUCAGUUGUUAAUUAAGUAUUUAAAAAAAAUGACGCCGAGAUCAAAAUAGAGACAGUCAAAUAUAUAAAUUUUUAUCAAGAAAAA